CAAAAAUAGCGAUUGUUUCAUGUUUGCAAGGUACGCUUCGAUAAUUCCAUAGCAAAUGUUAAAGCAGAUUGUCUUGAACGGUGGGUUUAAGUCAUUUAUUAAUUGAUAGCCAUGCAUAAUGUCUUGUGCCCUAAGUUCAUUCGCAUACAUCGAGAAUGUGGAUCGUGUGGUUUCAUGUUUGUAUCAAUUGGAUGUGAACAGUAAAGACUCUUUGAAUGAAGAGUGGAAAAUUAGCGAUGACUAUGAUUGGGGAUGGGAAGAUGCUAUUGAUGGCGUAGAAGUGGAAGAAAAUGAAGUGAAUAGUCAAAGCAAAGACAAUUUUCAUACAAGAUGGUUACAGGAUUGUCAGAUCGCCAUCUCACCUUGUGAAGACCUGGUUGCUUUGGGGAGAGAAGAUAGAUUGGUUAUUUUAUCGGCAAAAUGGGACAGACAAGCAACUUCCGAGCCAAAAACUAAAUUUGAAAUUUCAUGGUCUGGGCUUCUAGAUUUGGAAGAAGGUGAAUGUAUUUCAAGUAUAAUAUGUAUACCAUUGGCAUCACAACAUAAAAGCUCCCAAGGAUUUCCUGAUUGGACGUGUAUUGUAGCAGGCUUUACAUCAGGUUAUAUACGCUUUUACUUACAGGAUGGUUCAUUGUUGUUGCAUCAACUACUACAUGAAGAUCCAGUGUUGAAAGUGAAAUGUCAGACAUGGCAACCUGAUGUUUCAUUCAUCAACUUUGAACAAGUUGAGGAACUGGUCAUAUUGUAUCCUACAUCACUUGUUAUUAUUGAUGGCUUUAGUCUUUAUCAGUCAUUGAGAGGCUGUCGAAAUCAGCUUGCUAGAGUGCAAGCUAGUGGAAGAGGUGAAUCCAUUCGACCACCUCCCCUUGCUUAUAAAAAGUGGAAUUUGAAGGGACAAAAGAAUAUUACAGAUAUUGCUUCUUGUGGUGUGGUUACGCCAAGUUUGUUUGACCACCUUCAGAAUGCCUCGUUAAUUGGUGGAUGUGAUGCUAAAAUACGAGCAUCACCACCGUCGAUAUCACAGUUUGUAACAUCAGGUGCUGAUCCUUUUGUUGGUCUUUAUUCUGCACUAGAUGAAGGCAGCAUUCCUUUAAUGUCUGAGGUAGCAUUUGAGGUUGCCACCAAGUUGACAUCUGCUGUUUUGUCCAAGUUAUCUGUUGCUAGUGGAUGGUUUGGAUGGACCGAAAGUAAAGUAGACGAUAAACAAACAUAUGAAAAGGCAAAGAAUAAACCAAAAGUAGAAAAAGGAUCAUCUCUUUCUUUAAGAUUCGGUUUGGCUGACCACCGUCGCGAGGGCGCAUCUAUAACGCUCUCUCCAGAUGGGCGAUUAGCCGCUAGCACUGACGAAUUUGGCCGUAUUAUGUUGAUGAGCAUGAAGGAUAGGAUUGUAUUGCGAUCUUGGAAAGGAUAUCGUGAUGCCGAGUGUGCCUGGGUACCAGUACAGGAGGAACAUCAUGAUCAUAAUUCCGAGCUUACGCAUCCUAGACGUACUGCGUUGUUCCUUGUCAUUUAUGCUCCGAGGAGAGGAUUCUUGAAGUUUGGACAUCAGAACAUGGACCAAGAGCAGCUGCUUUUAACGUGGGUCGCAACAACAAGUGGGUUCAUCAACAUUAGUCAUCAUAUCCUUGGUCUCAGUCACGUGAUGAGUCAGUCCAGUGACGUCAACUCUAAACCAUUGCGUUGUGUUUUAUUUCAACCGUCUGGCAGUAUAAAGAUUCUUACAAUACCAUUCCAUUGUGCUCUUAGUAAUAAACAUGGUCGACGCGUUCGAGAUCUUCAUCUUCUCACGAAACUUUCAACAGUUUUAGAUGAAGUCAAAUCACAUGAAAUUGUUCAAGGGAGAACGUUCGAGAAAUUUGAGACAACAGUGCUAGAGAUCUUUUCUUCAAUUCAAGUUCCCGCUUUAUUGCAACAGGCGCUUCAGUGUCUUUUAUCGACACCAUCUAUGCCUGUGAGUUUGUUGGAGAAGGCUGUGAUGUCAGUUGCGCAAAACGUAUCAAAAAAACCAAAUGUCAGCGAUGACCAUGAACACGAAGACGCAAAUGAUAUCGAGGCAUUAGUUGAGUACACUAAGGUACAACGAAGGAUCAUUGAUAUGUAUAAAACAUUGCACGAUGAAAAGAAACGUAUUGAAAAUGUGGAUGGUGUGAUUGACGAUGAAAGUGAAUGCGAUGAAGUCUUGAAGGGAACGGAGUGGCUUGUGUCGACAUUUUCCAUUACCUCAUCAGAAGCAUUGUCUUUUCUUAAUUCCAUUGAAUGUUACUGGGAUAUUUGUUGUGGAAAUCACAAAAAGACUCAACAAUCACCAAGCUCUAAUGAUAUGACAAUCACGACAUUUCUCAGUUGUUUUGAAGUCACUAAAAUAAUACCAAAGAAUGAUAAGAAUGAUGCUAAAACACAUGUAACUGAGGGACACUUUUUGAGAAUCAGAAAGAAUCUUUCUUCCAAGACUCAAGCUGAUCUUGGAGAGUUUUUAUUUGGAGCUGUAUUCAAAAGAUUGUUAUCCAUCGAAAAGCUUUGCUUAAUUAUUGACAGUUCCAGAAUUUAUUCUUGGGAUAUUAUGCAUUUAUUGUUGAAUUAUUGGUUGAUAAGUACGGAAGAAAAAAUUCUCCUCAAUCUUUCGGCUGUGUCUUGUCUGCGUCAUUUGAUGUCUUCCAUAAACUCUAUGAAAGGCGAACAGAAUGAUUGUGACAUGACGUCAUGGGAGCAAUUACGUCACUCACUUGCUGAAACAUCCGUGACCUCACAAACAUUGUCAGCGGCAGUCUGCUGUCGAAGUGUUCUCUUGGAAAAACAAGUGAUAGCGAAGAAACUUGAAGAUGAUCACAAUGACCCAAUAGAACACGCUGAUUGGGUAUCAGUAUCACUUGAUAUGGAACGAUGGAAUUUGCUUGUAAACCAAUUAGAAGACGUUUUGAACCUUGUCGUAUUUUGUUUUAAUUUGGAAACGGACUUUGAGCCCAGUGUAUCUUCCUCUGAACUUAAUAAUCUCAAUGUUUUAGACAUACUUGGUCGCGGUCAGUUUUGGAUCCCUGAGAUCAUCGCGAAACAUGUGGUUCGUCUCAACGUUCUGCCUGAAAAACUUGGUUUUCGAACUUUGAAGAGGAGUCCUCCCGUAAAUACUGCAAACAAUGACGAUCGACCGUUGGAGACUGAUGAAGAUACAUCCAUUUGCGAAAUGCUACCUGGCUUGUCUGAACUGCGAAAACGAUUUCCGCAUAGUUUGUCUCGAGAUGUCUUUUGGGCUCAUUGUAUGCAAGAAUGUUUAAGUCAGUGGUUGACAAACAAAGAACAACCUGAUUUUUUGAAAAAAGGCUUAGCUCAUGUCAAGUGUAUUGAAAAUAGAAGUUUGAGACACGGUCUUUGCGUUCGUCUUUGGUAUCAAGUAAACAAAUCUAUUUCAUCACUUGCAGCUCUUACUGAAAAAGUUGGUAAGGCACCCAAGGAAAGACUUUGUGUCAAGACAUUGAAUAUGAGCUGUGAUGCAGUGAUCAAGUUUUUAAAUAAUUGUAGACUGAUUCUUCAUUUCUUAGCAGAGAUGUUGAGUGAAGAUUGUGAUCAAGAUGACAAGGAACUGAUUUUUGAAAUUGAAGAUUUUUGGCGAACUGGGGAAGUUUGUCCACCAUCUUUUAUCCAGGAAUCUAUGGCUACUAAUCUUUGUAAUUCUGACUUGAUUGGCCUUCAUUAUUGGUUUGUGUCCGUGUUGUGGUUUAUCAUGGAAAUGGGCAUGAAAAGUGUAAAGCCUUUGACUUUACUUAGUGGCAAAGAAAAAAAGUGCGUAUUUAAACAGCUGAACUUGCCAUUUGAAUUUCAAGAUGUGGAGCCUGAAGUUUUACGCGAGAGAGAAAUGUUCUUCCACAAAUCUGUCUCCGCUUUGGUUCAAGUUGUCUCCGCUGAAGAAUCUUCACCAAUGAGAGCGCAGAGUUUUAAAGACUUAUCCCGUGAUUGGUCAACAUCGAUUUUUCAACUAGCUGAACAAGUUGAAAUGAAAAUUGAACCUUUAAAGGAGAAAUAUACUUGUGAAUUAUGUUUGGCUGGCUUGUACAAACUUGCUGGAAUGGAAUUUCAAGGUAUUCGGGACAAGACGAAACUCAGUACGAAAAUUUUAGAAAUAAUUGGUGAAAGAAUGGCUGAACAUCUCUUUGAAAACAAAGAUCCAAGUGAUACAGCAAGAAUUUUGUCCAGAAUACCAUUUUCUGUAAGCUCAUGGCUUCGAAAGCAGGCACCAAUAAAAGAAUUCAAGCGAGGCACGUCGUUGAAUGGUGUUAUGGAACUUUUAUGUAUGGUACAAAAAAGUUUGUCUGAUGAGCGACCUAGAGACUAUGAAUUAGUGACGAGUUUGAUUGAAAUAUUAAAGUAUCUGCAAUAAAGAUGUUCAACUUAAGAUGUGAAGAAUUGGGUCAAAUUUCGUUUCCAACUUAAGGUACGGUAUUCAACUUUCAAGUAAUUCUCCUUAUUUGGUAUUUCCCAGUUCAGUCUUCUAAAUAUAAAGCGAAGUUGUUUUAAUGUAUUUAGUAUUUGAUACCUAAUAUUUGUACAGUAAAUAAUAACAUGCGUAAUGCAGUUGAUGGGAAUUCUCGCUCGUCUCCAGCAUUUGAUAAUUUAAAAUAACAGACACAUGUAUAUCAACUUGAAAUCAGUCUUCUUACUAUUGGUUCUAUUUUGUUAUGUUUUACUAUUAUUUGACUCGACAGGACAUUACGUAACCUGUACAUUAUAUAAAAUUAUUUGUGGACACUUUUAUUUGUCCAUAAAGCUUUUGUCUCAUCUAAAA